UCCCCUUAUGUCCUUGACCCGUGCGUUGCCAUCAUAAUGGCGUCUGCUUUUCUUUUGCUGCGGGGUUGCGAGUGUGUCUUGAGGCGUCCAUGUCGAAAAUUCUUGAAAUAUACGCAAGCUUCUUAUGUUACAACACGGGAAGAGUUAUUACGUGUUUAUACCGAAACGAAGAAAAGCGUUGCAGAAGCAACCCCUAAAGAAGAUGUGAAUCCAGAAGCCAUCUAUGCUAACAAUGAAAUGUCCCUGGCAGACAUAGAAGUGUAUGGAUUCGACUAUGACUACACUUUGGCCACAUAUACCCCAGCCUUGCAUAAACUGAUCUUUGAUCUUGGCAAGCAAGCACUAGUCAGCAAAUUAAAGUAUCCAGCAGGUAUUUUAAACUUUCAAUACGACGAGCAUUUUGCUGUGAGGGGUCUGCACUUCGACACAAUGAAGGGGCUUGUUAUGAAGAUAGACUCUUUUCACAAUAUCCAGUUGGGCACAGUGUACAGAGGAAUUCAGCCAGUUUCAGAUGAAGAAGUGAUAUCACUGUAUAGUGGAACUCAUGUCAGCCUGGAUUAUAUGAAUACAUUCUAUGGAGCUGGACCAAUGCAUCAGAUGAUUGAUCUGUUUGCGAUCCCUGAAAUCACUCUGAUUUCUUUGGUCACAGAGUAUUUCAUACAGAACAACAUGAUAUAUGACCCUGAGUAUGUCUUCUACGACAUAAGGAAUGCAGUUCAAGAUGUCCAUACAACAGGUCUCCUUCAUCACAAAAUCAUGUCAGAUCUAGAUGCAUACCUGCAGAAGGGUCAAGAGACAAAAGUGCUUCUGGAGAGACUAGUGAGUGCAGGAAAGAACCUCUUUCUCAUCACAAACAGUGGAUUCCCUUUUAUUGAUGCAGGAAUGCGUUACAUGGUGGGGCCUGACUGGAUGAAUCUGUUUGACAUUAUUAUUACCAAUGCUCGCAAGCCCAAAUUUUUCCAUGCUGGCUCUCGGCCAUUUCGACUGUACAACCCAGAGUUGGAGACUCACUCUUGGGGACGUGUCACAUCUCUUGAGAAGGGAAAGGUUUAUCAACAAGGAAAUGUGCAUCGUUUGCGCCAGAUGACAGGAUGGUUUGGUCCACGUGUCCUUUACUUUGGUGACCAUGUCUACAGUGACCUUGCUGACCCCUCCUUGCGAUAUGGCUGGAGAACAGGAGCUAUAAUUCCAGAGCUAGAGAGAGAGAUUGAACUUCAGAACAAGCCAGAGUACAAGGCAGCAGUCAGGUGGUUGGUGGCUUUGCAACAUUUGAUCCGAGAAAUGCAGCAUCAAAACUCUACAGAUUCAAAGCAGAUCAUUUAUGACUGGGUUGGGGAAAGAGACGAACUGAGGAAAUUCACAAAGGCAAUGUUCAACCCCAACUUUGGCAGUCUGUUUAGGACAUACCACAACCCGACCUAUUUUUUUCGUCGUCUGGCCCGGUUUGCAGACAUUUACACUUCAAGCUUGACCAACAUUCUGAACUACCCUGAUGAUUACACCUUCUACCCACACAGAGUAAUCUUACCUCAUGAACCAGGCUUGGAACCCUGACCAUCUGCAAUUGCAACAAGAUACAAUAUACUUUAGGCUGAUUAUAGUGCAUGUGGACUGCUGCACACUGGACACAGCUAAGUAUUGCAUCACGUGUGUUUGCACUUUGUGCUAACCCAGGCCUAUUGUAGAUUGCUUCAGAUUUGACAAGUAUGCUUCUUCAUAACUUACUUGAUGUGCAAUUGAUGGAUAUGGACAAGCAGGAACAUUUUACAGAAUAAUCUUUCUUCUGGAAACAUCUAUAACCGGGAUAAAAACUUUGGAAUGAAACACCCAGCUGAAGGAAAAUCGUGUUUCUUUUCAAGUGAAUGUGUUCACUCUAAGGGACUGGUUCCCAAAUCCAAGCUAUUGCUGUUUUUCCAUAUGGAAGGGAGUGAUUUACCAGGAUUUGGGGAUUUAGUUUCUUGUAAUAAACUGAACUGUUCACUUGAAAACCACUCAUGUGGGUGUUUAGUACCAUUAAGCUGUUGGAGUUAGCUAGAAUACUUCAACCCUUCAGUCUCAGACAAUGCAAAAUGUCUUCAGGACUGCAGUAUAUUUAAGGACAAAGGACAAAGUUGUGAGUAUAGAAUACUGUUUUGUGGCAUUACAUGUACAGGGGGGGUGUUUGGAAGGAAUUUGGUCCAUAAUAAUGCAUAUUUUCUUCUCCUGACAGACUACCCAGGGUAUUCAGUUUUUAAUUUUUUUUAUUUUUCCAGUUUUGUUUUAUAUGAAGCUUACUAUUUGGUGGUAGGCUACAGUACUUAAACCUGACUUCACUUAUUCUUUAAAUUACUUCUGUCUUGUACUGGAGAGGUUUUGCAGCCUAUAGUUAGUACUGGUUAUUGGUUCACGGCUUGAAUGGGCCUGUGCAUUCCGUGUCAUGCUUGUGGUAGCAACAAUAAAACACUUACAUUCACUGCCUGACGGUUAUAGAAUCUUUCCUUCACCCUUUUAUCUCAAGAUGUGAUAUGAUGUGGUAUGAUGUGGUAUGAUGAAGUCUGCCACAUUCGUAAACUGACUUUGGAGUAGCCAGAUGUCUACUUUUUGCUGUCUAAGUGGAUUCAGGGGAAUCCAGUCUUUCAGGGACAUGCAUGAGUAAAAACAGGUCUGAAUCUAAACACACAUCAUCAUUUCCCACAUUUCUGUGCAAUAGUUCUCAUCUGGUUUAGUCACUGAGAAUAGAUGCAUAAGGCUGGCUUGGCAGUCUUAUUUUUCAUGUUUCUUAUUUCUAUGGCUAAAUUAAAACCUGCAGAGAUUUAUAGAUCAAUUCAUCAGUAACAACUUACUCAAACUGGAUAUAAAACUGGUACUUGCUUUCCAUAUCUAUACUAAUUCGACUGCUGCUUAAUAAUUUGUAUACAGCCAUUCAGUAUUAUCGUAUCAUAGUUCAGUUAUUGGCAUUCAUUUUGGGGAGGAAGUCUAUUGAGAUGAUGGACCAGAGCAUGUGGAAGAUUGAAUAUCGUUUUUAAAAAAAAAAAGAAAACACUAAUUGCUGUUAAGGUUGUCUAGUUGUUGAAAACGUCUCCAUCAUUUUCGAAGACAUUUUACUUAAUGCGACCAUGAUUGAGAUCUAUUGUAAAUUUUUAGCUAUAUUUUUUUCAAAGAAGAGAUGUGUUUGUGAAUAUGGGAAGGAUCAUGUAAAUAAAACAUAAUCUGAUAUACUUGCAUUGUAUCAAAAUCUGGAUUGAAAUGCUUCAGAUUAUUAUGUCAUUACUAGUUGCAAUGGUGCAGCAGUUCUGACUCGGUGCAUGCUGUAGAUGGAUCUUCAAAGUGUUGUGGUUUUGAAAAACAAAAUCAAUGCAAGGUCAUUUUGGUGACUUGUCAAUCAGAUUAAUAGAUAACUACAAUGGUGCUGAAAUGUCAAUGGUGACCUUGUGUUUUGCUCUUUGUGCUGGGGGAAAAACUCAAUGCUCAGGAAUCUCACAAAAAUGUAGCAUGUGAUAUUGAUGAUAUUGAAAUACUUAUCUUGAAGCUGAAUGUCAAUUUCAUUGUAAAGCAACAAUUUUCAUCUUGAUUAUUUCUGACUGAGCUAUAAAAAUGUGCUUUUGAUUAAGAACAGAAACUUGCAGGUUCAAGGGUUUUGUUUUGGUUUUGGUUUUUUUUUGGACUGGCAUCAGGAAGAAUAUCUCAGCAGUGCUUUUUAACAAUAAAUGCAGAUCUAAUAUAUCAGUGGAGGUGAUUGGAAAAAUUGUUCUUUAUUUUGUUGCUGAUAAAUAUAAGUAUUUAGUAAUAAAACAUAGUGAUAAUAUAUAGUGCAUUAAAGUUUCUUUAUUUACAUUUAUUGGAUAAUAGAAUGCAACUUUGUCUGAAAGUUUGUGCAAGUAACAAAUAAAGUUUUUUUAAUAGGUUUGAAAGGGAGAUGACCUGUCACUGGCCCCUAUCAGAAGAGUCGCACUAAUAAAAAGGUUAUUGGAGACUCUAA